AUGGGCAGCAUGCAGAAGGUGUACAGCCGCCUCAACCUCCCCCUGCCGUACGACCCCAACAUCCGCGGGCGCAGAAUCUGCAACGUGUUCAGAAUGGCUAACUACCGUGUGCGCACGGUCGGCAUCUCGGAGAUUCGACGUUCUCGAGCAAAAUGCAGCUGCCGCCGUCAAGCGAGUAGGAGCCUAGCUUAUGAUGGUUGUGUUUAUAAGAUGUUAACAAUACAUUUCUCUUUGUCGUCGUAUUGUGCCUUAGCUGAUGUUGACUCUAUAAGGCGCGAUCAAUAUGUUUCUCUCCGAAGGUGA